AUACUGUUUUCGAUAGCCGCAAGUAACAAUAUUUAUUCUUUGUAACGUUUAUUUACGAAAUGUCAAAGCAAGACAUAAUUUAGACUAAUAUUCCAUUAUUUAGAGAUAUUCAUCUGGUAUAAAUUAAUAAUAUUUUGGCAGGUCACUAAAAUAAUGUCAGGUUUUUGUGCAAGAAACCUAUUGCUUAAUUAUUGACUUUAUAGUGACUGUUUUUAAUGGAGAACAAAGACUGCAAACCUUGGGAUAGACCCUGGAGCACUGAAGAUAUAAGUGAAAACAGUGGAAACUGGAACUUAGCCGGGGAUGCGGGACUCUUGCGACAUUUACAGCAGUUUUCUCAAGCUCUUUUGGAAAGGACCCAUGCGAGUGAGGUGGCACUUAACUCACUGGUAGAUGGAAUGAAAUCCACUGCAGUAGAUAUCAGCAAUGUUACCAACACCUUUUUAAUGCUUACCAACACCCAGUUUGUGGAGAAUCGUGUUUACGAUGAUGACGACGAGGAGAAAGGAAGAAGUUCAUCUGAAGCACAUCCUCAGGUUAAGUCAAAGGAAGAGCAAGCAGCUGAAAACCUGGCAACUGUAAAAAAUUCUGUAAUGUUAGGGUUAUCAGUUUUGGACACCAUGUUUGAUACUGUUGAAGUACCUUCAAGUGAUAGUGAAGAUGAAGAAAAUUCAGAAAGUAUUGGCCGUGUUAUACUUCAGCCAAGGAACACUUACUUGCUGCAGCCAUUACCCUGUAUGAUAGGUACAAAAGAGUUUUUAGACGAUGACACAGUAGGGCUGGCAGAGCUACUUAGUGAUGAAGAUAAUGUGGAGCAUAACGCACUCCCUUUGAGUAGCAGUGGUACGAACAGUGAUGAGGAGCAUGAGGUCACCGAAGCAGAUGAGAGCAGACAUAUUCAUAGUUAUGUUUCAACUGAAAGUGAAAACUCAGAACCAGAGAGUGAAAGAAGUAUAUUUUUAGGGAAGAAAAACUUUAUUGAACCAUCUUGUAAGUUUAUGGAAAUCCCAGAAGUGUCUGAUAAUGAAGGAGCUAUAUUUGGUGGAGAAAGUCCACCAGAAGUAGAAUCUGUUUCUGGUCUUCCAAAGGCCACAGCUCCUGUUGAUUUUGCCAGUGAGUUGGCUGCUAAACUUGGUGAUAUACGAGGAGAGAAAACAAGUAUUGCAGGAAAUGCCCAGAAGCAAAGCCAAGGUUAUAUUUUUGGAGAUGAUGGUCCUGAAGAUUCCUUGUUUGAACAUGGUGUUGAAAAAAGAGAAGGUGGCCUCUUCGAUGACUUUGACCACCUGAAAAAACAGGAAGAAAGUUUAUGGAAUAGCAGUUUAUCUAAUCAAAGUAACUCUGGUACCACGACAGCACAAGAAACACUAUCCAAAACCACUUCUGUUCCUAGUCAACCUGAUUUGGCAGUACCUGAAAAAAUUAAAAAGGUAGUGGGUGGAGUAUCAGUUUUGGGCAUGGUAAAAAAUUCUUCUGUGAAGAUUUCUCAUCCUCUCCCUCCAUCAGCGAAAAAUAAUGCAAGUGAGGAUGUAAAACCACAAACAGUUGUGCCUAGCAUUACUGGUUUUUCAGCAGAUGUCCCUGCAGGUAUCAGUAACUUGGCAGGCAUGAAAGAACCAAAGACUUCUUUCAUCAACACUCAAGAGUAUGGUUCACGUUCGUUAUUUGAUCCAGAUGAAGAGGAUGCUUUGUUCCUUCCGUCUUCAACACCAAAGAAACAAAGUGCCCUAUUUGAAACAUCACAAAAGAAAAUGGCAGCUUCUGAUCAUCAUUCGGACACAUCAGAAAAAAGUGGCUUUGUCAAAAGUAAACCAGCAGAUUUGUCAAGGCCAUCAAAAUCUACCUUGACUGCAAAAUCAUCAUCUAGUCAUGUUCUUGAAGGCUCUGAUUCAGAUGAUGAUAAAAAUCUUUUCUCAUCUAACUGCAGCUCAGUUAGCUCAAGAUCAUAUAAAUCACAGUGGAGUGAUGAUUUCCUUGGAAAAACUGUUAAAAUUGCUCAGAAGGAAGACUUGUUUCAAAACUCAUCAGUGUUUGGUAGUGAUGAUCUUGAUGAUCCUACAUUUGAUAUUUUUAGUACCAAAGAAAAAAAGAAUGUCACAUUAAUUCCUAAGACCAACAAAGAUGAUAAAAAAAAAGGAAAAAAGACUGAUAGUACAAUAAUUGAAGGUAUUGAAAGUAUUGGCAAGACAUCUUCUGACAUAUUUGAUUCUCUUUCUGAUGUACCUGAUAUAUUCUCAAGCAAAAGUAAUGUAGAGAAUGCACAACCUAAAGAAGGAUUAUUUUCUUCCAAAGAUCUUACUUUUCAACAAACAAAUGAUUUUGAUGAUAUAUUUUCGGCUAUAGAUACCUCUAAAACAGAAAAUGUAAAUUUAUUUACUUCUCAGAAAUUGGAUGAUGAUUUUGACAUAUUUUCUACCUUGGUAACAGUUAACACAAAAGAUUCAAGUAAAAACAGUAAACAAGAUAUUUCAGAAUCAAAAUAUCAUUUACCAUCAAAUCAGAGCACUGUUGUGUCAGAUACAGGUACAUUGAGAGAAAGGGGAUACCAAGAAGAACUUGCUCAUACUUCGGACUUCAUGGAUGGUACAAAUAUAUUUUCAUCAACUUCAAAACCAACACCUUAUAUUAAUGUACCUUCAGAGAAAGAAGAUGAAGUAGGUGUUGGCAUUCCCAUUAGUAGCUCAAAAGAUGUUUUAAGCAGUUCAGGAGUAAUUAGCAAUAUAACUGAUGGAUUAAGCAUUCCCAAAAAUGAAAAGGUUAUCAGUGAAGGCCAAAACAAAACCCUUGUGAAACCAAAACCACCAGGGUCACUUAGUAUAACCAAAACAUCAGAUUUGAUUUUCAAAGGUUCAUCAGAAAAUGUUUUACAAGGAGAAAUUGAAAACACAGAUUUUAGAAGCAAAGGGAAUGUUAAGUCAAUUUCGAAAUCUAUAGUACUCCCUUCGGACACAACAAAUGUACAGUUUGCAAGCUCCUUGCCUGGCAGUGCUGGUAGAACAACAAGUGAUUCUUAUUCCUUUGCUGGAAAAAGUUUAAUUACUGAUAAUAAGAAGUUAAGUGAAGAAAGGAGUCCUGAAGUUGAGAAACCUGGAAAUAAUCAAUCAGCUGGAAAAUCCAGCAUUGAAACUUCACCACUUUUUCCUAGCACUAGUUCACUUAUAACUCCCAACUCUCAAGCAGUGAUAUUUGGGUCACAGUGGUCGCCAAGAGUUAUCUCGAGAGAAAAAGCAGUCAGCUUUGAGAGUCCUGCAAGUGCAUCGUCAGUCCUUCAGAAUGUCGCUAAGGGACGAGCUCGAAUACCUGCAAAAAGACGCCCUCAGAGUCGCAAGGCUAGGAAGGAAGCUGUGAAGGCAUCAUCAGUUGAUUCUUUUGAUGUGGAUAUAAUAAAUGCACAGGACAUACAUAGUAAAGAACAUUUGGAGGGCACAGAUGAUGCAGAUUUUUCUGGUAAAUUAUUAUCCGAAGAAGUUGAAGAGAAUCACGUGGACCCUCAUCCAGAACUGAAAUCAGAAAGCAGUGUUCUUGAGGCAGUUAGUAGUGGAAGAAAUGGUGAUAGCCAUACUACUGCAGGAAAUAUGUUUUCAGCACACUACAGUGACACCAAACCAUUUUCUCCAUCAACAGAUGAAGAAGAUUUUUUUGGUGUACCUAGUUAUUUACCUUUCGAAUACAACAACAAAGACGCAAGUGGUUAUAAAAAUGAAGUGCUUUUUGGCGAUGCUCCAGUUUUAUCACCAGUUGGUGUAAGUAAUCAUGAAGAGUCUGACCAAAAAUGUUUACACGAAGAUGAUGACUUACCACCCCUUUUUAAGGGACCUCAUGGUGCCAAAGUUCAUUUAGCCGAAGAUUUAAUUAGUAAUGCAUCUUCUGAGUUGCAAAAAGAUGAGGAUAGCAGUAAUAUCUUUUCAAAAACUCAUGAUUCUUCAGUAAAAUUGUUACACCAUAUUGAUGAACCAAAUUAUAAAUCUCUUAGCUCUCCUCGUAGUGAAGGUGAUUUAUUUGAAGAUGUUGACAGUACAGCUUUGUCUAAAAAUGAAUCUGAAUUCUUUCCAAUAGUGCCUAAAUGUGAAAAUGAAAAUAAAAAUCCUGAAAAUAUGUCUGAAAAUAAAACUCAUUUGGGUUUUGUUAAUAAUAAUGGUACUUCAGCAAGUGAAAGAAAAAAAGUUGGUUCUUCUAAAACUAAUGGUAAUGAGGAUAAGGCACACAUCCCACAACAGAAGUUAGCAAAAAGUAUUCAUUCAGAUAUUUCAUCUGAAAUUAGAAAGACUGUGUCAAAUGAUCAAUUGUUUCAAAAUGAUGAAAGUGAGGUAGAUGAUUUAUUUUCCUCUGGUACAAAAAAUGUUUUUUCUUCUCAGUUAUUUGAUGAACAGUUAUUUUCCCCCCAGACCAAGCAAAGGGACCAAAUGUUUUCUGUAUCUGAAAGCAGUUCUAGCUUACCAAGUGACCAGAGCAAAGAACAGUUUGAUGGAAGUUCAAAAUCUUACAAUAACAUUUCAGAGAAUGAAGUGCUAAUUUCAUCAGGUACAGAAAAAACUAAACAAGUGACAGUUCAGAAAACGAAAAGCAAGAAAAAGGAUACUAUUUUCCUGGACCAUGAUGAAGAAAAUGAGGAUAUUUCAAUUUUUUCUUCAUCGUCUCGCGUGGCAGUCAGUGAAUCAGCAUCGCCUUCAAGAAAUACAGGUUCAAAAUCAUAUAGCAGAAUGGGUGAAAACACAGCAAGACAUAAAUCGAGGUCUCUGAUUUCUAAAACUGAGGUUGAAAAGUUUGAAGACCCUCUGAAAGUUACAAAAUAACUGGGUGAUAUUUUUGUGAUUUCACUUUGUUUUUGCCACAAAAAAAUACAGUCUUUCAGAUUGAAAAAGAAGUGUCCUUCCUAUAAUAUAAUAUAUAGUUUGUAGUUGUUAGUUGCAAGUUUAUUGGUUCUUCCAUGCAGUACAAGUAUGUUUCAGGUAAGUUUUAGAAAUACUGUUUAAAAUAAUGUAUAUAUAUAUAUAUUUAAAGCUGGAGUCUAGCUUGUGCAUUUAAAGAAAUUUUUUGCACUUCACUUUAGGACUGCACGAUUGUGUAUCAGUUUAUAAUAAUUUUUUUUUUAAGAAUGGUUAUCGAAGGUUCAUGUUGAACAAACUUCAUUCUUUUUUCUUUUAACCUUUUUUCUCAGGAAGUUUGUGCAAUCUAGUGAAAUUUUUCAUUGCAUCAGUGUGCCAAGAGCAAAGCAAAUGUUCACUUAAAUAGUUUGAAACAUAUUGUAUAUAAAAUUAUUUUUUAAAUAAAUGGUGCACAAAUGCAUACUUACCAUGCUUGUAUGACUAGCACUGUGAAACACUUCUCGGAAAAAAAAAUUUAUAUUUCCAGAGGUAUUGUGUAUGUUUAAUAUGCUAAGUCAAAGCCUAUAUCUAAGUAAAAUGUGAUUUUCAUGGCUUUUUUGCAAUGUUACAGAAGAACAACAAUUAGUAAAAAAUAAUUUGUUGUAACCUCAGCUAUCAGUUUUUACACAUUAUUUUAUUAUUAUUAGAAUACUUUUAACUCAUUGUAUGUUAUUAAAAAUUGUUAUAUAUAACUAUAUCCAAUAUACUUUGGGCAUAAUUCUAAAGUCAUUAUUAAAAUUAAGGCUGCUUAGCAGUGUUUGUAACUUAAAAUGAUACCUGUUAGUGCGAAGUCUGCAGGGGUGCUAUUAUGAAAAUUGUCUGGAGGAUUUAUAUAUUUUAGUUAACCUCAACUCAUAUUCCAGUUUUUUUUUUUACAUGUAACUCCUGAAAGCAUAUAAAAAAUGUUUUGUCUGUUUUGACAGCAGUUUGUUUUCUCAGUAGAUUACACUUUGGGUGUGUAUGAAGUUACGUUUACACACUUGUGGUGUGUGCAUUGCAUAUAGAUACUUUCAUGUGCAUGUGUGUACAUAUGCAGCUUGGGCAUUAUCUUCAUAUGGGCAUAUGCAUGCACAGAUAUACAUUAUUCAUUUUAAUCUGGUCAGAUCCUACGGCACAGCAGUGUCUGCACCCAUGAUUCAUUUUAAAAGAAGUGCAUAACAUAAUAACUUUUGUUAGUUAUUAUUACUACUGAACUCUUUCAAAACUCCCAGGACUAUUUUUAAAAUCAUGUAUUGUGCGAUCCAGUUACAGCUGCUCUGGGAAUUAUGCAUGGUACAAUUGUGCUGUUUCUAUUCCAUUAGCAUUUGCCCAUUCAUACACUAAAAGCAAGUCUUCUUCUUCUAAAUAUUAACACCAGAUAAAGUAGUAGUAGUAGUAGUAAGUAGUAGUGUAGUAGUAAGUAUUAGUGUAGUAGUAGUAUGUUGCCUUCUCCCUCAAGCUCUGAGCUUGCUAGCAUACUCCAUUGCUGUGAUCAUACACAGGUUUGUCAUUUAUACAAGAAAAAAUGUUAGAACCUUUUUGUUCAUUGUCUUUCUAGCAUCACCCUUGAAGGUGUUUCUCAUAACUUUUGAACAUUCUGUGUUAUUAAACUUUGCACUAAAUCAGAGGAUUAGCCAAACAUGAUGUAUGUGUGCUUGUGAACAGAUGUUUUCUUACUGAUUGCAACAUUCAGAAUUGUUUUCACAGUGGGCGUAGAUCCGGGGGGAAGGGGGCCAGAAGGGUCCAGGCCUGGAAU